ACAUUAUAUGUUUUCAAGGUUGAGUUGAUAGGAGCGGCCUCUUAGAGGCUAUAUCCACGUUCAGUUGCGUAAACGGACUGAGCAUUUCUUUGGUUCGUUUAGAAUGCUGGGUUAUAAUAACUCUUCAGAUUUUCAGAAGAUCGGCCUAGGUUUGCUUGCUUUUGGAGUGGGUUUUCUUUGUCUUGGUGUUCUAUUUUUCUUCGACGGUGCUCUAUUGGCUCUAGGUAAUGUUCUUUUCUUAGGCGGAAUAGGAUGUCUUAUUGGAUUGCAGAAGGCUUGCACAUUCUUUUUUCGCCGUACGAGUUUGAAAGGAGCAGUUUUCUUCUUCGGGGGCAUAUCCGUUGUCCUCUUUGGCUUCCCUUUCAUAGGAAUGCUGUUGGAAAUUUAUGGAAUGAUAAAUUUAUUCAGGUAAUAGUGCGGGAAAUAAUCUCCAAGUUGUGAGUUUUGCGCGUUUUUUCUUAUUACGAUCGACAACUAGAUUUUGGAAUGAACAAAUUUUUGAUCAAAAACUUAUUUUAUAGCUGGUGGUGCUUGUUAGCUUUAUAUUUAAGCUUAGACACGUAUAAAGAUUCAAUCUAAUAUAGCCAUCUAAACCUUCGAUUCCUUAAAUUAUUUAGUCAUUUGUUUGGUUGCAAGAUUUAGGGAAAUCAAACACCUAACGUUACUCCUAAUCUGUCUGAAAUAAUAGAGAGUGUCUAAGUGGCGUUAGUUGGCAAAGGCCAUAGGCGUAUUAUUAUUUUCAACUUUCUACUAUUCAUUCAUUUUGUUACUUUCUAUUGUCAUUGACUGAACCUCGCAUUCAGGUCGCUUAGUAUGUUUAUGUGCUUUGAAAAAUUGCUUUCGAGUUUCGGGCUGUUUAGGUGGAGACAAGUCAUGGGACUAUGAUGAACUCUUGCUAUUAUGUAACUAAUCCUGUACACCUAAUUCAGACUACAAAACGGGGUCAAAUAUAUAUAAGCAUUAUUAGUCGUUGAGCAGUGGCAGUUAAAGCUGAAGCAUUUGUGCAAAGCUCUACUUUUGUUAGAGAGGUUAAAUCAAUGUCAUGUCAGUAGAUUAAUUCGUUUUCUAUUCAAUAUUAGAAUUCACGAAAGCCACUUCAAAUUAGAUAUUGAGGUUAACAUGACUAAGCUGUUAAUCUGCUGAUAGACGGACAUUGCUAAGUUACCCCAUAGAAGUCUAUACAAACACAGUAAGUUUCCAUCGGUAAAACUGUUAGAAUCAUUUGUUCAGAGUGAAAUCUUCGGUCUCACAGAUUACAAGCUGCACUCAAUAUCCUUAUCACCCCUACCAAUAGUAUCAAAAUCCUCUGGAGCCAAUUCAUUAUACCCUGCUUAUUCUUCUUGCCUAAGAUUAGGUAAUGGCUUUUUCCCUUCGUUAAGUGUUAAACCCUUUAUGUGGAUCUCACGUAUAGACUGUUAAUGACUGAUGGUCAAAUGAUAGUUAGUCAAACUUUCCUCCUACUUAUUUUGGCCCUCAUCCUAGUCAUAUGGUCUGAAUAAAUCACGGUUUCAUCUCAUUUCAUGAUACUUAAACUUUUCGUCAACCUUCUGAUCUUUGUCUCUGAGGUGUCGCGUCAACUGUCUAGUUUCGUUUUUCGCUGCUCUUUUCUAUUUGGUUAUAUUCCCUACCGCUUCUCACGUUCACUGACCUGGCGUUUUGUUAAUUUUUGUCAAUUGUUUAGAUGGGUUUCCAAACAUAUUUACUAGAGACCACUGGACUUUAUCUUUCCCCAACCUUUUGAUUUAGAUCGCUAGCAAAUCUUAAUGCUGUUCAUACAACUGUUUUGAGAUCAUGUCGGGUUUCUUAAGGAUAACCAUCCUUUUCAUGCUACUUUAAGUGUUUAGUUAGCUUUCUCAAGCAUGUCCUUGAAAUUCCUACCUUCAAGCUGAGUUUGCUGGGGUUCUCCUUAUGCAAUAUUUCUGCGUUCAUUAAAGCAUAAAUUUGUCCACAAUAGACGAUGAGCGAGGUCCAGACACGCGUUUUAAGACAAAAAGUCUUCUAUCAAAACUCCAUCACUAGUUGAUCGUAGUGAUUAUUCUGUCUACCAUUGCAUUGAUGACAGGAGUCGCCAGCCUUUUAGCUUGACUUAACAUUCUUACUUAGGCUCUGAAACUACUCCUUACAAUUGCUACGUCUAGACAUCUGGCUUUUAUAAGUUUGAAGAGAUUUUAAUAGCACUCACCUCUUAUUUUAUCGGAGAUACUUUCAGUGAGAGGCCAAGCAAUCACUACAAAGAGGUAACUGCAUAUAUCCUUACGUCCUGAGUUCUUACUAUCGACGAAUCCAGUCGAAAAGUGUCUAUUCUACUUUCUAAUAUGUCGCUACAUCUGUACCCAUUAGAAUAUGAGGUAAUGUCGAAUAUUCAAGUACACAGAGUGAGUCUCACUGGUUCUCCAUGUUAGCUAGGUUCCUGUAUGAUUAAUGAAACCUGUUAUCCAAUAUGAGACACUCUGACCGUUGGAAGCCCUAAUAUUUAGUUUAGGGCCUUUUCUUAGGAGACCAAGGAUAACAUUUUAUAUAUUCGACUAAUUGACUUUGAUCGUAUUCGCGUAAGCAAAUUAAACUGAAGGAAAAAGGGGGUUGAGAAUGAUUUUACGGUGAGCAGUAAAGACUUUUGCUUUCAAGUACUUUUCACAUCCUAGUAACCGUGAUUAACAAAGGAUAUCGUAUUUGUAAUACUGAGAAAGAAUCGAAUUGAUAUUGCGUGUAAUGUCUUCCUAAGAGCGUGACCACACAGUCCGAGGAGUAACUGUUGGAGGUUCAUACAGUGUUUUUGUGAGUAAUUUUCGUUGUGCUCUCCGGGAUUUUCUCAAGCCUUAUAGUCACCAAAAGAUAUUGUGCUAUCUUAUUACUUUUCUUUCCUGCUUACCUGUUAUCUGUCAACUUCUUUGUACCAAGUGUUAAUAUAAUACUAACCGUAACAUACUAAGUUGUUUAUGUCAAAUGAUGAUCAUAUACACUUUAAUUUUAUAGUAAAUUUAUCCCAGUGGCAAUCAAAUUUUUGUAUGGUGUUCCUGUAAUCGGUUGGAUCUUAUGGCUUCCCGGGAUUAACGGAGUAAGUCUACGUUUUGAAGUAGCAUAAUAUUUUCCAUUUUCAGCUGACUAGUUGAAGUUCGACUAAAAAUCGAAAACUACUAGAUAGGCUCUUUGUCCAAACUUAAUAUUUUUUUCCUAAUAGAUUGCUAAACCUAGCAGCUUCGGAAUAUGAUGUGUACUUAACUAUUUAGUCAUUAACCUGGGCUUCUCUAACGAGCAGUUCAAAAUCAUGUCACACUGAAAUUAUCCAUUUUGUCUCAUCAUUGUCAGUUGACAACUAUUAUUAUUCUAUACUUCAUCUACAUCUAUUAAUAUGGCUGUUAUCGACAAUUAGAUUCAGACAUCUUAACAGUGGAGACUAUCUAGUCGGGGUCCACAUGAUUAUCGUAAUCGAUUGUAAGAGACUAGGUGACAUCGCUCAGAACUGUUUGCAAAGACGAAAGUGCACUCACUCCUUGUCUUUCUGUAAAAUCUGAGUCCUAAAAUCUCCUCGUACAUAUUCUUUCCUUUUUGUAUAUCCAAUCCUUUUUACCAGUCCCAGGUUCGAGAAAUAAUCCAAAAUGUGAAUGUUGCUGUAAUGAAAUUCUGAACAUAUGUCCAAGCCACCGAAGCAGGUGCUUCAAAAUAGUAACACCAAUUGAGUUAUCGUCACGGUGCGCGACACACAUCACUGAACCUCAGCAUUACUGACAUGGGGUUGGCGUCUGGUAUGAAUAAUUUUUCGGAUGUAAUGUUGAUCAGAAGUAGGGAGACAAUGAACAUUCUCAACUCAAAAAAGUCACGUUUCACUGACGCGUUGCCAACCUGACCUUUUACAGCCAGACUAACAUCAAGAUGACACUAUUCUAUCUAGGUCGAUCUCAUCUGUCAUAUCACCCCCACAACAACCCAGAUACACAUAUAUUUGAUUACUUCUAAUGGGUCAUCACGAAGAAUGAGUUUAGAAACAGGGUCCUGACAGUCUUACGAAAGUAAUUUUCAGUUAGAAGAUGCAAAAUACCUGUGUAAAACACGUUAAUAGGCAGGAAGAAUGUAUUUUUAAUGUGAGAAGUUACAAAGCAUUUACAUAAUAUAUAUACCUAGCCUUUAAUCGUCCAUUUACAUCUUUCGGUGUGUUCUGCCUAGGCUGUGCUUUCAAUGCACUGAAACUCUUCACAUCGUUGAAAUCGCGAUCUAAUAAAUCUAAAUAUUGAUAAAAUAGUUUGAACAUACAUACCUUCCAGUGACUUCUAUGCGGAGCGUUAUUUGUUGGAUCUCGUAUUUAGUGAGGAACAAACAAUCAUUCCGUGAUGUAUUUCUGCUGACCCACGGAUAUCUCUGUUGGGUAAAGAUCCAUUAGCAUACUAAGAUUCGUUUAAUUAGCUUCUGACAUUACUAAAUAUGUCUCAAAAUGGGAACUGUUCAAUAGUUCACUGUUGUUUAGCAAUGUAUCUCUUCAAUCAUCUGAAAAUUGUCAUUUCUUUUUGCAUGAGACACGUGUCGUACUAACUAUUUUUGUUUUAAAUAAGUGAGUGCUUUGCUUCGGUCCGUGCGUACUAUUUCUAAUCUAUUUUAUCACCCUUGAUUUACUCCCAUAUACUUUGUAUUUCCACAAAAUAUUAAUACUUUGUAGUUUGUACGCAGACUCAGUCAAUCGAAUUCAAUGGUAUGAUUCAUGCAAGAUGGAACUUCAUGUAGAUUAUGUUUACCUUAUUGAUGGAACAAUAUAAUAAUGUCGUGAAGACAGGUUUAACUCUCUUUGUACAUGUUUUAACUUAACGUUGAAAAUAUGUAAACAAUUUCCACGCUUUCUAUACUGUAUAUGUCUUUAAGUCGUGUUUUUUUUUCGAAGGAAAAGCUGUUAUACGUACAACCAUUUAAAAGUGAUCCUAUUUAUCCUUUCAGAUGUUUAUCUCCAUACUUUUAAUAUUGUGUACUAUGUGAUUGAAAUUUUGUCCUACAUCAAUCCGUUUCGUUUUCACUAUUUAAAUUAGUAUUUGAAGUAAUAAGUUUUAAGUUAAUGUUGAUUAAUAAACUAACAUUUUCUCUAAUGAUUUAUGACACUUGUAAUUAAGUAUCGUUGUUAACUAGUUAAUAAUAGAGGUAUUAGUGGUUGUGCCCACGACGCGCAAUACUGACUGGUGUUGAGUAUGGUUGGGAGAAAGUUAAGGGCGGCCAAACCAAAACGUGGCACCAGUCCUCGAAGUCACUGACUUCUACUCUUAGCCAUGUUGGUAGGUGCAGACUACUUGGUUGGGGUCUACUUGACUAUUGUAACCAAUGAUUGGAGACUGUGUGACAUGGCUCAGAAUCGAUCACAAUGACGUAGGUGUAUAUACUCUUUGUCUUCCUUUAAACCAUGAGAUUAAAAUCGCUUUAUACCUUUCUUUGUACGAACUAAUUCUUUCUUUCUAUACCAUAUCCUUAAAUGCAAUCUUUCUUUUAUGUAUUACCACCAUUGAAGUGACUACUUGUAUGAAUUUGAUGUUCAUCUUGUUGUGCUAAUGAUGUAUGGCGACUUUGAACGAUGCAUAUUUGUACCUAGUCCUACGCUAUAGCUGACUGACUGGUUGUGCCCUCACUUUUCUGAUUUUAAUAAACUGUUGCAACAUUGUAAUGAGUAUAAAUCCACGCAAAUUAAUAAAUUACUUAAACAACUACUGUCUGUCUAUAAGAUUUUAUUGAAGUUCUUAUUUAAUGGACACACACUUACUGUUAAGAAAAACAACUUUUCUUACAAUUAACAGAAGUAAAACACGUUUAACUAAAUUGUCUACUAUUUCAGUUGAUAAUUAUUUCUUUGAACACAUAAAUAUUGGUACAACAGGGGCACCAGAUAUAUCUGCACCACACAAUAAAAAUGAGAACGGG